AUGGCCUCGACUGACUCGCACGUUAUUGUUAUCGGAGCCGGUAUCACCGGACUUCUGACUUGCCAGGGCCUCAAAAAGGCCGGAAUCCCCUAUUCUUGCUUUGAGCGUGAUGCUUCUAUGAAUUACCGCAGUAAUGAAUGGACAAUGGCCAUUCACUGGGCACGUCCCCUGUUGGAAGACAUCCUUCCAAAGGAAGUCCACGACAAGUUCCCCACGAUCGCUUGCAACCCUAUUGCGGGAAUCCACAGUGGUUUGUAUCCAAUCAUCCACGGUGAGACAGGCGAAUUGAUCACUGGAGUUCCCUAUACGGAGGGAUUGCGGGUUCCACGAAGCCGCAUGCGUGCUUUGUGUGCUGAAGGAAUUGACGUACAGUACGGCAAAACUCUGGUAGACAUUGCAUUCAACGAGAGCGGCAAAGGCGUAGUCGCCACAUUCUCAGAUGGCACACUCGUCUCUGGAUCUAUGAUUGUCGGCGCUGAUGGGCCCCGGUCUCGCGUACGCGAAACUGCCAUGGGAGAUGCUGAGCUGGCCGCUACCACUUCAUUCCCUAUCUUCCACACUAACAUGACGGUCUGCUACAACGAUGCCGAAAAGGCAAAGUACGUGCGUGAGAAGUAUCCUACCAGCUACCUCGCACUGAGCGAUAGGUCCUUCCACGCUUUCCAGUCUAUUUCGAGCAUGCCCGAUGGUCCGGAUCAUCCCGAAUCUUGGAUCUUCCAUAUGGCCAUGGCCUGGAUGGGCGAAAGUGACAACACAAUGUGCUACUCCGAGCGACUUGCUCUUAUUAAGGCACGUGCCGAUGGACUGGGAGAACCUGCUAGGUCCGCAUUCAUGUGGAUGCCCGAGGACACUGAAGUCCACAAAGCGGAUAUCAGUUACUGGAUCAGUCAACCGUGGGAGAAUCGGGAGGGCCGAUUGACACUUGUUGGUGAUGCUGCGCAUCCAAUGCCACCGUAUCGCGGACAGGGACUCAACCACUGUGUUAACGAUGUAUCCAAGCUCUUAAUGGGUCUUAUUGCAGUCCACAGUGGAGAAGCAAAUCUCUCUGAGACCAUCGCAGAGUAUGAGUCUGAGAUGAUUCCUCGAGGAAAAGAGGAGGUCACCUGUUCGGUUGAGAAUGGCAGGAUGUUGCAUGACUGGAACAAGGUCCAGGAAAGUCCCGUGUUCCGGCGUGGAUUUAAGCCGAUGGAUGGACAUGAUACUCGACAGGGACAAGAGAUCGCGCAGACGUCUUAG